AUGGAAUCGUGUGUUGAGGCCAAGAUCCAUCGUAAUCAUUUCAUCAACAACAACGAACACACCAAAAGUGGCACGGUAGCACUCGAGAUGUCACCUCAUCAGCAUUCAAAGGUUUUUCACGUGGACAUCGCCGAAAACGUUUGGAUGCACAACAAAGGUGCAUGGUGUCUCUACAUCAUACCCAACAACGACAAUCCGCUCAACGGUAGUGUGCAUGACAAUAAAUUCGAGCGUAAUGAAAACCAACGAGGUUCAGUGAUCGUUGGAUCGUCGCAGUUCAGAAUCAACGAUAACGAAUUCGAUAAUCGUCUCGAGAAGUUCGAUCUGGAAAUUGAAUUUCUCCAAAGUAAUGCACUGGACGCUACGAAUAACUAUUGGGGCGAUCAAGAGAAUAGCGAAUCUAUCGAAAAGAGGAUCCUCGAUGGAAGAAUCGAUCAUUCCAGAGGAAUUGCUUAUAUUGAUCCAAUCGGCAGAAAACGUUCUCCAGCACCAAUAGCAGAUGAUUGUGAAGUGACGACAAAUUGCACUACGAAUGCGCAUUGUAUCGAACCGAACGAAUGCGAAUGUGACCAUGGUUUUGGUGGAGCGAAUUGUUCGGAGAAAUUGAAUGAUUGUUCAUCGCUGAACGAUUGCUCAACCAAUGGAAAUUGCGUAGCACCGAACCACUGUAAGUGCUAUGAAGGAUGGUAUGGAGAUGACUGUUCGACGCCGUCCUGUGAACUUCUAUCAAACUGUAGUGCACAUGGUCAAUGUGUAUCACUCAACGAAUGCUUAUGUGAUCCACUCUAUCAAGGUGAUCUGCUCGAUUCCAUCUCUAUUCCGCGCUACAAAUUUGAAUUGCUCACAUCCACUAUCACUUUUAGUUUGCCAUUAAAUCUCGCGGUUCUUCUCAAUCUCGUUCGAGCGAAAUUCAGGUCUCUGACGGCUUGGGAUGUGUUCAGUUGUUUAUUUUCUUCGCAAUCAGAGUAA